AUGGUCAACAUACAGCGCCUGCUGUUCUCUUUCCUAUCCUCUACACUUCCUUCUCAGGUGCCAUUGCAUUAUGAACAGGAGGCGGUCUCUCGCAAAUCUGUGGCUAUUGUAGGGGCAGGAAGUGCCGGUCUGGCCAUGCUGAAAACAUUCACGGAAUUGGAUACAUUUGUCAAUAACAGCUGGGAAGUAGUGUUGUUUGAGGAAAGAGAGCACGUCGGAGGCGUAUGGCUUCCGGAUUAUAAUGAUGUCCACCCGCCUGAAAUUCCUGAGACGCCUUUGUAUCCAUUACUACAUACGAACACACCCGUUCCUUCAAUGGCAUACCCUGGGUUUCCCUUCCCACCUGGCACACCUCUUUAUCCGAGUCAUGAAUAUAUAGAAGCCUACCAUCGACGCUACGCACAGCACUAUAAACUAUUGGACUACAUAAGCUUUAAUCAUAAAAUUCAGCAGGCAACCUGGAGUGGAAGUCCUGAGAAUGGAUAUUGGAACUUGACUGUUACAAAUGCAGCAGGCCAUAUUUUUCACAAGAAAUUUGAUCAUCUUGUUGUUGCUUCAGGCAAUCACCACAUACCGCGUAUACCUGUUUGGAAAGGCCAGGAUAAAUGGCUAUCAAAUGCUCCGCAAAAUCAAACGCGCAAGAUCCUUCACUCGGUUUAUUAUCGGAAGCCAGAGGCUUUCACAGGCCUGAACGUGCUAAUUGUCGGAAAUGGAGCCAGUGGGCGAGAUGCAGCGAGUCAGAUACUUGACUUUGCCACCACGACUGUUGUGUCCGUUAGACAUGAUGGCGAUCCCUUGGAGGGUGUGAUCAUCAAACCAGAAAUAUCUCACUUCACCGCGGAUGAGAUAGUUUUUGUCGAUGGAACAACUUAUUCCCCUGAUGUCGUGCUGCUCGGGACUGGAUACGAACAAAGGAAGCCAUUCCUGACGGCGGGCGGCGAGUUGGCCGUGGACCCAGCUGCGCGGAACAAUUCUGAUAAACUGGUCACAAACUUGAAAUAUAUUUUCCCGCUGUAUCGUCAUAUCCUUUCCUUAAGCCCCUCUUAUCCAACAAAUGCACUGGCUUUCAUUGGACUGCCAACCUUUAUUGCCAAUUGCCCUUCGGAUAUUGCUCAAAGUCUGUUUGCUGCACAUGCCAUAAUCAAUCCGUCAAUUUUGCCAUCGCGACAAAAACUUCUGAAAGAGUUGGAAGCAUAUGAGGCCUAUGUUCGGGCAAACGGACGCGACCCUUACAUUAAUGGACAUCAGAUGCUGACCAAAAUUGAAUCGAGUGAUUACCAGGAUGAACUAGUUGAAUUCUUGAAAGACAUGAACGCGAUCCCUCGCGAUGGAAAGAAAUUUGUCGAAGAGUGGCGUCGGGAUAUCUUCGAAUACCAGUAUCUCAAACGUGGAUGGAAGCGAAUUGAAGAGUUGGGCACUGGCCAGGACUGGACCAAAGGUGUAAGAACAGAGUCACAAUGGGCAGACUUGAUGAAGCGCGUCAAUGAUUGGCAGAAACGUUGGGAAGAUGCCAAUGGAAUAGAGUUCCGCGCCGACAUGGACUUGGUUGGUUAUUUUGGCAACCAGUGGACAUGA